GUCUCCCACUUACCACACUUCUUGUUUCUUCCUUUCCUUUCCUUUCAGUAUUUUCUAUAAACCAUGGCAGACUCUUACAUGUGUUGUCUAUGUGCCGACGCCCUGCGGGACCCCAUCACCAUCCCUUGUGGAGAUACAUUUUGCCUGGAAUGUAUCAAGAUCUACUGGGACCAACUGGACCACCUGGGCAUAUAUAAUUGCCCAGAUUGUAGGGCAACUUUCACUCCUCGACCUCUCCUGCGCCGCAACGUGCCCAGUGUUAGUUCUCGGGAACUACAGUCACCGUUAACACCGUUAACACCCUUUCCAGAUCUCAAGAGGGACUCGUUGUGUGAUUUCUGCACAGGCCGAAGGAACCGGGCAGUCAAGUCGUGCCUGGUGUGUCUCGCAUACUACUGUGAGACACACGUCAAGCCUCACUACGAGUCAGCCACGUUCAAGCGGCACAAGCUGGUCGACGAAACGGGGCACCUUGACCGUAAGAUCUGCCCACAGCAUGAGAAAAGCCUGGAGCUGUUCUGCAAAUCGGAUCAGAUGUGUAUCUGCGUUCUCUGCACAGUGAGGGAGCACCGUGGCCACAACACGGUUAGUGCAGAGGACGAGCGUGCUGACAAGCAAAAAAUGCUGGUGGUGACCCAGUCCGAAGUCCAGCAUGUUAUCCAAGAGCGCAUGAAGGAACUACAGGACCUCCGACACAAUGUGGAUGUUCUCAAGGGUAAUGCUCAUCGUGCCCAAGAGGCAAGUGAUAAGAUCUUCAGUGAGAUGCUGCAGUCUGUGGAGCGCUGGCAUGGUGAGAUUUGCCAGCUAAUUCAAGCUAACCUGCAGGCUGCAAUGGCACAGGCUAAUAGCUACGUGGAGCGGCUGGAGCAGGAGAUCAUGGAGCUACAGCGGCGAGAUGCAGAGUUACGGCAUAUACUCGACACUGAGGACAAUAUACAUUUUCUACAGAAUUUUCCGGUGCUGUGUAUUGCCCCAGAGCCAAUGGUGCCCAAAGUCUUGAUCAACCAAGAGUUCUCUUUUGGUGAGGUUACCAAAACUGUAACUGACAUAAAGGAACACCUUGAUGACAUCUGCAAAAAAGAGAUGGACAACUUGUCCAAAAAAGUGACUGACAUCCCAGUUUAUGUGUUAAACCCCAGGACUGUUGGUCGGUUUAAAGAUAUUGUUUCCUUCAUACCAACAAAAGCUGAUGUUCAGGAGCCCAAAACUCGAGCAGACUUCCUCAGAUAUACAGUGAAGCUUACCUUUGACCCCAAUACAGCCUAUAAGGAGUUGGUCCUCUCCGACGGGAACCGCAGGGUCAUUCGGAAACGCAUGGUCCAGUUCUACCCAGAGCAUCCGGAACGCUUUGAUGGCUUUUGCCAGAUCUUGUGUGCCGAGCCCCUGAGUGGCUUCCGUCAUUACUGGGAGGUGGAGUGGAGCGGCGAGUUCUCUGUUGGUGUCACCUAUAAAAGCAUCAGCCGCAAAGGCAAGAACUCUAACAGUCUGCUCGGGUACAAUGACCGUUCCUGGAGCCUGCUUUGCUCCGACUCCGGAUACUCGGCCUGGCACAACAAGACAGACAAAGACAUUCCAAGAACUGCCAGAGCCUCACGGAUUGGUGUGUAUCUCGAUUAUGCUGGUAAUUCUGUGUCCUUCUAUUCCGUCUCAGAAAACAUGCAGCUCAUCUACAGGUUUCACGCCAAGUUCUCCGAGCCAUUGUAUGCCGGGUUUGGAGUCGGAGCCUCUGUAUCUCUGUGCUCACCAGAGAAGAUCACACAGCUGUACUCUUGAGGAAAAGAUUGAGCUGGAACAUAACUAAACCUGCUAAUACUCAGACGACUCAAUCUACUUUGAAUAUUUACAACCUAGCAGCUGACCAGCAGGGUUCUUCUUUGAACCUUCUAAUAAAAAAAAAAAAAAACACAGUUACAGGUUCCUCUGUGGCUGAACACCUUAGCAAGUCGUUUCUUCGACCGUUUACCUAUACAUAUUAGCAUGCUAAUGACCUAGCAUGCUUACUAGCCUGAGGAACAUAACGACUGCCUUAUGUAAGCAGGGCUGAUGUGAUGUAAAAUCUUACUUUAAUAUUAUUCAAGUAUUAAGUAAGUAGUUUCCGUGCAUUUCUAUAUAUUUAACAAGCUUUGUACAUGCAUUGUAGAUUUUUUUUAUUAUUUUGACCAAAUGUGAUAAUAAACAAUACAUACAAUCA